CGUAUCUUGCGAUCUUGCGUUCUCUCCAGGAAGCAAUUUAGUCCGGAUUCAAGAGUUACAAAGGAUAUCCUCAAAAGGAAAAAGAAAGAAAUCCAGUAUUUUCACGAGUGUCAAGAAAAGAAAAACUGAAUUCGAAAUGAACUCGGCUGAAGAAGCUGUCAGUGCUGUGUCAAGACUUGCCCAGGAAAAUGCCGAGCUUCGAGAGCAGGUGCGGGAACUCUCUGAGAAGAUUGCGCUCGAGAUGGAGGAACUGAAAACGGCUCACGGCAAGGCCCAGCCUGACCUUGAAAUCCCCUGCCCCAGAUGCGGGGAAUCGGAGGCAAAAUUACGAUCCCAGGCCUCGAAUGCAGGCCUCCAAGAAGGGGAGACUGGCAUGCAACUGCAGGAGAGUGGCCGAGGAGCAGAUGGGGAGCUGCCAUCGACGUCCGAGCGUCAAUCCCAAGAUGGCGAAGGACAACCUCCCAAGAGACGCCGGCCGGAGGACGGAGGUGCGUCGGAGACGGACGAGGACGGGAUGACCGCGUUGCAUCGUGCAGCAGCAAGCGGAGACACGAAGGAGAUCAGGGCGCUGGUCAAAGGAGGAAUGGACACGAGGGCGAGGGAUCGAUGGGGAAGGACGCCCCUCCACGUGGCUCUGUCGCUUUUUGAGGAGGGCGCGGCAGAGCUGCUGGCGUUCGCCGACUGCGUCACGGAGGUCACGGAUGACGAGGGGUGCACCCCUCUGCAUCGCGCUGCCGAGUGUGGGCGCGUGAAUGUCAUCCGUAUGCUGCUCGCGGGGGGAGCGGAUGUAAGUGGGAAAAACGGAGAUGGGCGGACGCCCCUCCAUCUUGUCAUGUUCUGCGAGAACGAGGCCGCGGCGGGGGUGCUGCUGGAGGCCACCCCCGAAUGCGACGGGCCGGACAGUUAUGGCCGCACCCCCCUGCACUAUGCUGCUGUACAAGGUCUCCCGCGGAUAGUUCAAUCUUUGGUGUCGAGGGGUGCGCGUUUGAACCUUAAAGAUGUAGAUGGACACUGUCCACUGUACUAUGCCCUGUGGCAUAAUAACGAAAGUGUGGUCUGGGUGCUCCUGGCGACGUACGUUUGGAGGGAUGUCGCGGUACAUUGGGAGGGGAUGGGGCUCCCGCAGGAUAAUUGGGAGCGCGGCAUCCGGCUGCACUUCAUUUGCUCGAGCGAAAUGAGGAAGGCCCGGGUGGUGGGGGGUUGCGGCCUCUCCCUCCGCGACCUCGCCCGACGACACCCUUCCCGCCUGGCCCGGCGCCUCUCCGACGAGGCGAUCCGGCGGCUCUCGGACCGGGACCUCCUGGCGCGGGACUUCCCGCACUUCGGCGACCUUCUCCUCGCCCGGCUGGGGGAGGUCCGGGAGAGGCGGGCCCUGGAGGACCGCUUCCUGCGCUGCUUCCCCCUCCUCUGCCGGCCCCUGCCCACCGCCUGCACCGACGUCCUCCUCGCGUGCCUGGCGGACGACGACCUGAGGCACUUCGCCCGGGCCGCGGAGCUCUAGUCCCCGGCGAAAAAGAAAAUAAAGAUCAGGACUUGAACUGUAUGAAUCUUUUGUUUUUGAAUGUGCCCGAGAUAGUUGACUGAACUUUAUCUGCUGUUUUCGUAAACGAACCCGUUUGUCUUGUCAAGAUGAUUAUUCUGAGACACCUUUCAAAUAGCUUUGUACAUCAUGUGCGAAAUGCUUUGUGUGUAUGAAUCACGUAAUAAAAGGAAUAUUCUAGUCAUUGAUAAAA